AUGUUUCGUGUAAACGAGCUUUUCACUUUGCUUUUGGCCGUAGCAGCUCCUGCCUCAGCCUCUGCAUUGAAUCACGCCCGAAGCGAAACAGUCGAAUGGGGACCUUGCCCGGACUGGCUGCCGAGCCAAAACAACAAAGCCCCCGUUCAAUGCGGGAAUCUGACUGUCCCACUGGACUACGUCAGCUCCAAUUCAAGCGAAACCUUUCAGCUGGAACUGCUCAAAGUCCCUGCUAUCAAGGGGCCCUCGAAGGGGAGCAUCCUGUUCAACUUUGGUGGACCUGGGGUUCCCGCACGGGAUCGCCUAGCUUCGCGAAGCUAUCUUCUCCAAGCGACCACUGGAGGAAAUCAUGAUCUCAUUACCUGGGACCCAAGGUGCGACACGUCCUUCGGUUAUGUCUCUGAUGUUGCAUUUCGAACGCCCUACAUUGACAGAGGCGUCGGAAAUACCACAACGUUCUUAUGUUAUCAGAGUAGUACUUUAAGGAGCAUCUUCAAUUCUCUGCCAGGUCCUAUGGGAAAUAACUCGGAUCCAGCGAUGGUGGGAUCACAUUGGGCGUAUGCCGGGGGCGAGGCCAACACGUGUGCUCUCGAUCCUGGCGCUAGCGAAGCUGGGAGCCGUAUUUCAACAGCGUAUACCGCUAGAGAUGCGAUGAAGAUUGUGGACGCUCUUGAUGAUGACGGAAUGCUGAGAUAUUGGGGAACUUCUUAUGGGACAAUUUUGGGCGCAACCGUGGCUGCUAUGUUCCCUGGACGUAUGGACAAAGUUGUCCUUGAUGGAGUCGUGAAUCCACACGAAUGGUACUACGGCCUGAAUUCUGAAUGGGCCAUGGAUGCCGAUCCUAGUCUCGACGCAAUUUUCCAGACCUGUCUCAAUUCUGGAGAUAGUUGCCCAUUUUCUGGUGGCAAUCAGACAGUGGACAGUCUUCGCGAGGAAUUCUUUUCGGUCAUGGAAGAGGCAAAAUUGCGUCCAAUAGUUGUGGGAUCUACGGUCAUCGACAGGACGGCGAUAGCGGCGGCAGUUCGCCCACAGCUGAACGACCCGAGGACCUGGCCUUUGCUUACAGUAUGGCUCAAUGACUUGUUUACGAGAAACGAAACCGGCAUUGCGCUCGGAUACUUUCAGCUUCUGGGUGUUGAGACUGAUGGAACCGGCGAGGAUGCAGGAGGUGCCGGGGAUGACUCCGCGACCGGCAUCCAAUGCGCCGACGCUGGGUUUCGCACCGAUGACUUGGAAGCCUUCCAGCCAGCAAUCGACAAAAUUACGAAUGCCAGUCGCACAACUGGGCUUGUGCUGAUCAAAGUCCAAAUGAAGUGUGCCCAGUGGAAGAUCAAGCCAAGGGAAAGGUACGAGGGGGGUUUCAACAACAUCAAAACUAAGAACCCAAUACUCGUCUUCACCCACUCUUUAGAUGGGUCAACCUCACACCUGUCGGCAGAAAAUGUUACCGCAAGCUUUGAUGGUAGCGUUCUGUUGAAAUCCAACGGCUAUGGACAUGGUUGGAGAGCUCAGCCGUCAGUUUGCACUGCAAAGGCCAUGCAGAGGUACUUUGACCAGGGAGAACUUCCGGACCCUGACACCGUGUGCGACGUCGACGUUACACCGUUCAAAAACGUCACAGAUGUGAUGGUGUCGUGGAACCAGUUGUUGCCCGAGAUUGGCUUCGAAUCGGAGUAA